CCUGCAUGUGUAUUAAAGGUUGCACACUGACUGAUGUGCUUGCUGAAAUAGCGUUAUUUUGUGUGCAAAGAUGGUCUAAGUACCAUGGAAUUCACUUUUUAUUGACGGACUUCUGUGGCAGAGUAGAUUUGUUUUCAAAGAAAAUCUCCUGUCGUUCAUUUCUUGUUGAUAAAAUGCGAUGGGCGUGUGAUGGGCGGCGACGGGAGUAAAAAUAAGGAAUCAGCAUCACUGGUGAAGAAGAGAUCCCUGUCAUAUCAUCAGGGCUUCCUGUCUCUCCCGGCUCAGCUUGUUCAUCACAGUCUAUUUAGACGCAGCGCCCAGCACAGAGAAUACCCCGUCUCUGAGCAAUCUCGGCCCUCAGACUCAAACCCUGAGGGGCCUCGUCUAGAGUGGACACUGCCGGGCUUUAUUUCCAUUUUCCUGCCGGAAUUUCCUCACAGGUUUACUGGGCAUAAGCAUUUACAGAUUCUUGGUUUUGUAGCUAAAGGCUCAUUUGGUCCAAUCCUGAAGGUGAAGGACACGUCUAAAGAUGAGACCUAUUCUAUUAAGGUUUUACCCAAAGCUGAGGUUUUGAGACAUGCAGUCCUCCAGCAGUCCAAAGAGGAGGUGAUAAUUCAACGACAAGUCAGACAUCCUUUCCUCCUCAGUCUCCGGGACUGUUGGCAGAGCCAGAGCAAUCUCUUCAUCAUGUGUGAUUACUGCAGCACUGGGGAUCUCUAUACUUAUUGGACCCUGAAGGGCCGCUUUGACGAGAGAGAUGUUCGAGUGUUUGCUGCCGAGUUGGGCUCUGCUUUGGGCUUUUUGCAUGACUUUGGAAUAAUACAUAGGGAUGUGAAGAUGGAGAACAUACUUCUGACUGAUAAAGGUCACCUCCGCUUGACUGAUUUCGGUCUGUCUCGCCGUCUUGAGCGUGGGGAUAGAGCUUUUACUAUCUGCGGCACAAUACAGUACAUGGCUCCUGAGGUCCUGAGCGGCGGUCCGUACAGCCACGCUGCAGACUGGUGGUCUCUUGGUAUUCUUCUCUAUGCUCUAGCCACUGGAGGGUUUCCUCUGCCUGCGGAAGCAGAUCACUGUGAUAUGCUGACCAGUGUCAGUGAGUGUCCAUAUGACAUGCCUGCAAGCCUCAGUCCAGCUCUGGCCUUCCUGCUCAUGGAGCUUCUGUUCAAGAUCCCCACACGUCGCUUACGCUGCCUGGAGCUCUUCCAAAGCCAGAAGUUUUUCCACGGUAUGUCUUUUGACUCCCAGCUGCUGCAGAAAAGUCCCAUUGAGCCAAUCCUCGAGCUGAAGAAUCAUCCUGACCGACCAGAAAGGUCGAUGCGAGGUUUAUCAUUAGACCUGCUUCAGAAUUUUGAGUGUGACCUACUGAACUCUCCAUCCACCCCUGCAGAUUUUUCUCCUACCUUGAUGAAGAAUAAGGUAAAUGAAGACACAGCAGGGGCUAAAACAAAAGCUGUAGGAACCAAUUCUCCAUGAUAACAGAAAACAUAAAUGAACAAAUUUUUUCUCUCUGUAACAUUGUGUUUUGCCAAAGACAAGAUAAAAUGCCACAGUAUUUUUCUAAUAGUUCACCCACAUAAAGCACAAACAAAUCAAUCUAUGUGAAUAGCCAGUCAAUAACAAGUAUUACUAGAGAGUUAUUUUAGUCUUAUUUAAAAAUCAUAUUUCUUUUCAUCUGAAUAUGCAGAAAGUGUAUUAGAUUUUUGACAAUGUUACCUCUGUUUUGAAAGUUAAAUUUUGCCUUAAUAAAAGGCAAUAUUUGUCUUAAUAGUAUAUGCACUGUUUUAUUUAUUUCCUGUGUAUAAAGGAAAGGAGUAUAUAAUUUAAAUUAAACUCGUUUUUAAAUUUAUUUUUAUGUUCAUACCGGUUACAGUGAUGACCUGUUUACUGUGGCACCAUAAGAGUGAUAAUCUGUGACAAAUAAAACUCAUCAUGCUUACACAUAAGUAUAUAGUGAUAUUAAAGCUGCAGUCUGUAACUUUUUUUGGUUAAAAAUGAUCCGGAAUCAAUAUUUGAGCAAGUACAUAACCAGCCAGUGUUCAAAACUAUCGCCUUUUGCCAAAUUCACAACAGUUAGCUUAUAACAGUGUUUUCUAAUUUGAGUGGUACAUGUUGAAAUUUGCGGAAAAAAGUUUAGCGUCCUGCUGUGUUAUUACGUCACGUCUGUAAACAUAAAGAAGUUGUCCCGGCUAGUAGGCUAUCGCGUGUGAGGAUCCUGCAGGUGGAGGAUCAUUUAUAGCCUUUUCUCACAGCAGCUGGAAUAAUUAAAUUUAUCAUUUUGAUGGCGGAUUGUAAUCCAGAAAGGAUUAUGUGUUUAUGAAAUACAUGUGAUUUAAAUUAAAUUAUAUUCCAGUUUUAAAUCUGAUUACAGAUAGCCUGGGAUUACACAGGAUUUGUAUUUUCAAGAGAACCAGUUCGAAGGAAGAAUAAUUUGCUUUUUGGAUUAAAAUAAUUCUUUAUAUGAAAUUCGAAUGGUAUGACAAUUAGAUUGCUGAUGUUGUUGAAAAAGUAUAACAGUAAUAAUAAUUUGUAGGGUUUGAUGUGAUAUGAUCUAAGUGACCGUUAGAUUUAAUCACCAUUGGUAGCGCGAUUUAUUGUAAUGCUUUUUUCCUCAGUUGGUCAGAACAAAAGUGGCAGACUUGUUACUUACUUGUUCAGAUGACAAUAUCUGGUGAAAAUUCUUAUUUUGGUCAUAUAUUCCAAGACGUAGGCUAGAAUCUGUGAUUCCUAAGUAUGGUAUCCACACCGGUGCGGUGACUGACAGCCACACAUACUCCUCAAAACAUUAGAUUCAUCCGCGCUGGAGCCGUGCCGGAGCACAACCCAUGCAAGGAAGAUAAUUCCGCAAAUAGCUGCAAUUGCAGGUUUUCAAACAGAGAUGGCAACAAAGAGGCAAAACUUAUAGACUGCAGAUUUAAUAUUGAACAUUUUGGACACAAUAUUGCCAGUUACUUUUUUGGAAAUAAUAGUUCCAAAUGAAGCCAAAGCAGAAUCAACUUCUGUGCAUUUCCAUACAACACCCCACGAAUAGUAUUUUGUUUUGAAAUGAGUCUGUGUUUUUGAACAAAUUUGUUGAGCGAGUGAUUCAAUGACUCUCAUAAAGUCUCAUCAAAAAUCUCAUAAAGACGUGUCACUUGUUUCGCUAAUGAAUAAAUCCGUGUUUUUGAAUGAAACAUUUGAGUGAAUGAUUCAAUGACUCGCUCAUAAAAAUAUAUCACUUGUUUCGCUAAUGAAUAAAUCCGUGUUUUUGAAUGAAAUGGUUGAAUAAAUCAUUCAAUGAUUCGCUCAGAGACGAGUUACUUGUUUUGCUCUUAAAUGAAUCAAUGAUUUUUAACAAAAGGGUUGAAUGAAUGAUUCACUUACUUGCUAAUAAAAAUAUAUCACUUGUUUCGCUCCUGAACGAAUCAGUGUUUUUAAACUGAACAGUUGAGUAAAAGAUUCAAUAACUCACUUAUAAAGACAUGCCACUUGUUUCACUCCUAAACGAAUCUGUUUUGAACAAAUCAUUUGAGACUCACCUGUCACCAUCUAUUUGUGUAUCAGUGCAACCUCCAGAAAGAGUCUGAACACAAAUGGUGAAAAUUCCCAUUGUUGGAUACAAUAUAAAAGGCUAAUAUGCUACAACUUUACUAUUACCAAUAUAUGAAAUAUGUUGAUUAAUAUAUUGAUUCACAG